GCUAUGUAACAUGCUGCCUGUGGACUGUGGAAAUGAGCUCAACCAUAAAUAGCCACCCUUGGCAUAUGCAACCUUCUUGAGCUUUAAGAUUCAAGAUUUAGAGAGAGAGAGAGAGAGGGAAAAGAGAAACCUUCUAAUCUCAUUUUAAGCAAAAGCAAAAGCAAAAAUAAGCAAAAAAUGGUGAGAGCUCCUUGCUGUCAAAAGAUGGGACUGAAGAAAGGGCCUUGGAGUCCUCAAGAAGAUCUUAUUUUGAUCUCUUACAUUCAACAGCAUGGCCAUGGAAAUUGGAGGGCACUCCCCAAACAAGCUGGUCUACUGCGGUGUGGGAAAAGUUGCAGACUACGUUGGACAAAUUAUUUGAGACCGGACAUAAAGAGGGGAAAUUUCAGUAAAGAAGAAGAAGAAACUAUCAUCAAGCUACAUGAAAUGAUAGGGAAUAGAUGGUCUGCUAUUGCAGCAAGAUUACCCGGUAGAACGGACAAUGAAAUAAAAAAUGUCUGGCACACACACUUGAAGAAAAGGCUCAAAAAUAGUAAUACUUCUGAGGAUUCCAACAGAAACUCAAUCAUUCAAAAAUGUGAUUCUAGUAAAGCUCCUGGAAAUCCCAAUUCCUCUAGUGAACAAAUUGUUGAUAGUCCACAGCAUUGCUCUAGUGAAAUGUCAUCAGUCACGGAUUCAUACGAGAAAACGGUUACUAAUCACGAAGAAAUGGACAAUUCGUCCGAGUAUUUUCCUCAGAUCGAUGAAACAUUUUGGUCGGACGACUUCUCCACAGACGUUAACAUAAACAUGCAAUCAUCGAACUUCCCGGCUGCUGCGAACGAUAAAGUUCAGUUCGAAUUUCCUUCGUCUCCCUUGGAAAACGCCGCCGCCGGCAAUUUAAUGGUUGAUGAUAGCAUGGACUUUUGGUACAAUGUUUUCAUUGGAGCAGGAGAUAUGCCUGAUUUACCAGUGUUUUGAGUGCUGUUUUGGUUGUAAUAUAUAUUUAGGACAGGAUAUUCAAUCAUGGGAUGCUGAUUUUCCAAAGGUGCCAAAUAAUGGAAUCAUUUCAUCGUCAAAGUUAGCAGAAAUUAAGAAUGUAAUUAGGAUAUUUUCUUUGUGUUCUCAUUAGGAGAAAAAUAGUGGAAGUUGACAUGAAAAGGAAAGAAGGGAAUUUGAUUAGAAAUUUGGUUUGAACACACUUAGAUUUGAAGGAUUUAAGGGUAGGAAAAAAAAAUUGGGACUAGGGACAAAAGAAAUCCUAGUUAUUUUCCUUCUAACCCAUGUUUGUUAGUGAAGUUUAUUGUUUUCUUGAUUAUAAUGAUGGGAAUUGUGUAAUUUUGAUGAGAAGGAUGAUUAAAAUUAAGGAAUACAGUA